CCCAACUCCCACGGGCUUCUUCUUCAUUAUUCCACAGCAGAGGUCAACGAGAACAAAGGUCUGAGCUUAAAAAAAAUGGAUUUCAGCGGCUUUGUGAAUGAAAAUAUCAUUGACACUACCGUGGAUGUUUUUUUUGGGUUGAAUGGGCUGAAACAAGCGGUGGUUGUCGUGGUGGGAGAUAUUCCAGUGGCGGGUGAGGUUGAGCGAGAACCGGCGGCAGCGGCUGAACUUGACGGAGAAGCGGCGGCGACGGCCAUGGACGACGUCCCUGAGCUUGAUGGAGAAAUUCAUCAAAAUGAGCGUGAUGUUGAUUCUAUAAAAGCUCCGGAUGAUUGCGGAUGAUGAUGAGAAGUACCAAAAUGUUCUUCUUUGGUUGGAGACUCAAUUGUCCACAUAUACUCCUCCCCAAGAUAAUCGUUCUUCCAUAUGUGGCAACCUAACAUCUAUCCCACAAUCAAGUAGUCGUGUGCAAGGUGAGGUUCCAAAAAUCAUUGGAGAUCCUAAGUGUGCAAAGCGCAAUGGUGCACCAAGGAAAAACCGUCAAAAAGGACCAUGAGAGAAGGGGAAGAAGAAAUCAAGGGCUAGGAAUGACAAUGGAAGUGCCCCACAAGCUACCACUGACCAUGACAAUGCACAGGAGGAUCGUAAUGACAUGAUGAACUAUAGUGGUUUAGAUUUAAAUCUUAGUUUGAUGUAAAUGUGCAUGCAUGUAUGUUCACAAACAUUUAUGUAAUGGGUGUUUUUGGGCAAAUUUUUGUCUAUU